AUGAUGCGUCCAUUUGUCGCUCCCAAGGACCUUAACAGCGGCCUGGCUGAUGAGCGAUACAGUAUGCGGACCGUCCCACCGUGGUGUGAGUGGAUCACGCUUCCACUUUUUAACAAGGACCCGAUCACCGAUCUGGAAGGAAUGCACCGGUUGUUCCAAGGGAAGGGUCUGGAAAGGGCUUCAUCCUUCAUCGGCUACUGCAUUUACUUCGACCGCAAGAGACGGAGCGACCCCAAUUUCAAGAACCGGCUGCGGGAGCGAAGGAAGAAACAGAAGCUUGCCAAAGAGAGAGCAGGGCUUUCCAAGUUACCUGAUUUAAAAGAUGCUGAAGCUGUACAAAAGUUCUUCCUUGAAGAGAUACAGCUUGGCGAGGAAUUACUAGCACAAGGUGACUAUGAGAAGGGUGUGGACCACUUGACAAAUGCCAUUGCUGUGUGUGGACAGCCACAGCAGUUAUUACAAGUCCUACAGCAGACUCUUCCACCACCAGUGUUCCAGAUGCUUCUGACUAAGCUCCCAACAAUUAGCCAGAGAAUUGUAAAUGCACAAUGCUUGGCUGAAGAUGAUGUGGAAUGAGAAAUCUCACCACAGUGGGGAAAAU